CGAGCUUUGAAAUCUAUAGUAGCAAGGUUCAGAUAUGGCGGGUCGGAAGAAAGUUGGCAGAAGCAAAAAAUCCAAAAAAUCCGAAAUCUUUGGUAUCGGGUGCAUGAUAUGCAAGAAAUGGCGAGAAGUUCCUAACCGCAUGGAGUACAGAAAGUUGAGGGAUGGAUUUUUCUGCAGUAAGAUUAGGGGACUUUCUUGCAAAGAUCCAAAUGUAUUUGCUCAAAAGUAUUUAGGCAUUAAGCAAACUAUGGAUUGGCCGAGUGAUGAUGAUGAAGAAGAAGAAGUGAGUAGCAUUUGUGACUGAAAAAUAUUUUGUUUUGUGUGGAUGUUUGUCUGAUUUGUGUUUGUGUUGUUAUCAUUUUCUUUGUUUUGGUGCUGAUGUGAUUUUCAAGACACCUCAUAAUUUCUGGAUGGAUUAGUUGUGAUUGAUGUUUUACUUAUUAUUAUGAAUCAGACUUUUUGUUAUUGGUACUUUCUUUAUAUUUAAUAUUAU